AUGGUCGUCGCCUCCGGCAGCGCCAUGGCCCUGCCCGUCUACACCGGCGAGCUGGUGCAAGCGGUGGUCAGCGACAUCGGGGGCGUCGCGCUCUGCCUCGCGUACUACUGCUUCGAGCUGGCCGGGGAGCGCCUGUCGCAGCGGCUGCGGAGCCGCCUCUUUCGCCACUACCUGCAGCAGGCCAUCGCCUUCUUCGACGAGCAGUCCACGGGAGAGCUCAUGAACCGCCUCGCCUCGGACUGCACCCUGACGGCCGUCGCACUCUGCAGCUUGCCAGUCAUCGCUGCCUUUGCAGCGCUGUAUGCCAUCACGAUAAUGAGGCUGUCUGAGCGGUACCAGUCUGCACUCGCCUCGGCGAGCGAGAUCGCCCAGGAGACGCUGGCCGCGAUGCGCACUGUGCGGAGCUUUGCCUCAGAGGAGCGCGCAAGCUCGAGAUACGACGCGUCUAUCGCAAAGUCAUAUCGUAUUGGAGCCCGUCGGGCCUUAGCGACUGGGGCUUUUGUUGGCCUCGUCAGCGCCGUGGCGCAGCUUGCGCUCGUAGUGGUGCUGUGGGUUGGAUGCAACCGGGUCGUGGAUGGAGACCUGGACUUCGGCACUCUGAGUAGUUUUCUGUUGCUCGCGAUAUACGUCAUUGGCGCGCUCGGCGGCCUCGCGGACCUUUUCUCGGCGCUGAUGAGCGCGGUCGGGGCCUCGCAGCGCGUCUUCGCCCUCCUCGACACGGUCCUCGUGGACGUCUCGCUCGUGGUAGAGCCUGGUCGGGUGUUGGCGCUGUGCGGCGCCUCUGGCGGCGGGAAGAGCUCGGUCAUCGCCCUGCUGCAGCGGUGGUAUGACCCCACAGCCGGGCGCGUGCUGGUAGACUCGCGGGCGAAGAAGGCCGUGCGCUCGGCGAACGCGGCGUUCGUCGAGGAGCUCCCGAGCGGCCUCCGCACGCAGGUCGGCGAGCGCGGCGUGCAGUUGUCGGGGGGUCAGAAGCAGCGCAUCGCCAUCGCGAGGGCGCUGCUCGACCCGCGAGUGCUGCUGCUGGACGAGGCCACGAGCGCGUUGGACUCUGCGGCAGAGGCGCUGGUGCAGAGCGCACUGGACUUCAGACCGGCUUUCUGCGGACCGCACCACCGUGGUCGUGCCAUCGCCUCUCGACGAUCCGGGGCGCGGGCCGCAUCUGCGUCCUGA